AUUUUAAUUCGUAACAUGUGAAGUCUUUUAAUUUGCCUUUCACCGGUUAUGAAGGCGGGACGUAGAGUUCAUCCAUCAUCACGUGAGACAGACACAAGCCUCAACUUCCGGAGAAAGUCAACAUAUGUUUGAUGUUGCGUUGAUGUAAUAUUACAGGCGUCAUGUCAUCCAGCAUUGCUCAAAAUCUUCGAGCACCAGCGCUCGUUCUGGUGUUUUUUGUCCUAGUAGACGUGAUAUCACUUGCACUUGCAGAUAAGAGUUUUGAGGAUGUGCGUUGCAAGUGCAUCUGUCCACCUUACAGAAACAUCAGUGGACAUAUCUACAAAAGGAACGUGACCCAGAAAGACUGUAACUGUCUGCAUGUGGUGGAGCCCAUGCCAGUGCCUGGCCAUGAUGUGGAGGCCUACUGUCUGCUCUGUGAGUGCAAGUACGAAGAACGAAGCAGUAACACCAUCAAGGUGACCAUUAUCAUCUACUUGUCAGUGGUUGGAGCUCUUUUGCUGUACAUGCUGUUCCUGCUUCUAGUUGAUCCUCUGAUCCGCAAACAUGAUCCGUAUACCAUGCCGCUGCAGAACGAGGAGGAUUCUGAGGAUGCGAGGCCACGUGUGGAUGGUGCUCAGGGUCGUGGGAACACGGUGCUUGAGAGGGUAGAGGGAGCUCAGCAGCGCUGGAAGAAACAGGUCCAGGAGCAGCGAAAGACUGUGUUUGAUCGCCACAAGCUGCUCAGCUAAGUUCUCAGACUCCAGCUGGGAAAAGGGACAAGAUGGGCACCACUGACUGAGACAACAUUUGCAUGGUUGUCUUACAAUUCCAGCUUUUAUGGCAAUGUAUUUUAUCAGUUGGCCUGAUGCUUGUGUAUUAUUAUUUUAAUCUUAUGAAGGCUGGCUUGAUUGUAUCAAGCUUUCAAACUGAACCUGUGAAAACAUUUAGUAGCUUGCUGUUAACAUAAAUGAAGGGAAUCAGCCAGCUCCAGUUUGUGUCAUUCCUGCGGUCAUUUUUACAUUUCUCACCCAAUAACUUGAAUAUAUCAGUCCUGUCACUACUUUGCUUUGAAAAUGCAUUGCAAAGGAUGAGAUUACAAUGAAAAUCAUGUAAUCUGGGAGCACUGAUGUGAAUAUAAUCUUGUAUAGAUGCACAUUUGAAUGUGUAGAAUGUCAUUGCACUGUUGUAGUUUCACUUUGAGCUACCAAGAAAAUGUAUUGAAUGAUUCCUAUUAUUGUUGUUGUUAUUAUUAUUUAUUUAUUUGCCAUUUUGAUUAUACCUUUUAAGUAUGGCUUAUGUCAUAAGCAUAUCUCUUAAAUGUCAUAUUAUUUAAAAAUGUAUAUAUAUUCUUCAUAAGAGUAAAGGAAAUAAGGCUUUGGGUGGUCAUUACUGUUGAAUGGUAUCAUCAUAAGCUUCCUCUUCGAUGAUUGACACUUUUGUUAGAUAUUCUGAUUUACAGACAUUUAAUGAUAUUGAUUUUGCUCCUCAAAAUGUGAAGAAAUUUGUAGAACUUUGCUUGACUAUCAUAUUUGCUGCUAUAAGAAUUUCUUUUCCAGUAUGCAUCCAAAAUGUUUGUAGCUGUUUUGCAGCUGAAACAUUCUUGCUUAUGUGAAAAUGCACUGAAAUAUUAAAUAUACAGAACCUUGUCGA